AUGAUUUAUUUCCCAAGUGGGACAAAAUGCACAUCUUCCCCCCAAAUCUUUAGAAAUGAGUAUUUUACAAGGAUUCUCCAUGUUCUUUGACGCAUUUCCACAUGGCCCCUCUGAUCCACCACCCCAUGCCUCAAUUUCUCCAAAUUCGCCUCGGAAAAUUACCUAAUCGGCCCCGGCGGGACUAGCGAGGACGAGGGUUUGGGCGAGGGGCGAGAUGGGUAUAUAGGAAUAGGAUUGGGUGAAUAUAAAAUGUGAGAACCAUAGUGAAAAAACUAUUGGAUACCUCAGUUUAAUCUGUAGUGCAGAGAAGAUGGCAUUUAUUGAAAGUAACUCAAAGCUUAUAAAAUAAGUGCCGUGUGAUUACUUUGCAAAGAAUGUCAAUGCAAGGUAAGGUAUCACACAACUCACCAUCAAUUCAUCAUCAGCUCCUAGGGAUUGGCAGUGGCUUGUGCAUGUUGCUUCCUCUGAGCUUCUCUCACCCCCCACCACAGGACAAAGUACUCUCUAGACUUGUGCUGCCAAGAAGACCCUAAAUAAUUCUUCUGCAUACGGUGGUUGUGUAGAGAGAGAGAGAGAGAGAGACAGAGAGAGAGUAAUGAGACAGUGAGAUGAGGCUGUCAAAGCAUGAAACAAGAAAAGAAAUCUUGCAGCUGAGUUGUGCUUUAUAAUAAGAAAGACUAUUGUAGUAGUGCUCCCAACAAGUGGUCAAGCAUUGCCUUCAAUCGUUUUCCUCCUCCCCCUCCCAUGUUCUUGUUGGCAAUUGAGGAGGAUUUGAAGAGAGGACAGGGAAAUGGGAAAGACAGGAAAGUGGCUCAGGCACUUCUUGACGGGCAAGAAAGACAAGGAUCACAAAGAGAAGGACAGGAGCUCAACCAAUCACACCCACAAUCCGCCCUCGAUUCUGACCGAGAACCCGACGACCCCGGUCUCGUUCCUGCCCACGACUCCAAAGGAGAAGCGGCGGUGGAGCUUCCGGCGAUCGUCAGCCUCGCCGGCAACUCCUUCGAAGGACCUGAAUUCCUCGGACCUUGUUGCCGCUACUACUGCACCGCCAGCCCUGUUGGCCACCCUAGACUCUGAGAAUGAGAAGAAGAAGCACGCGAUGGCCAUGGCAGCGGCAACUGCUGCGGCUGCUGACGCGGUGGUGGCAGCUGCACAGGCUGCGGCUGCCGUGAUCCGGCUGACUGCAGCCGCCAAUGGAAGAGGCAGCGCCAUCGAGGAGGUCGCUGCAAUCAAGAUCCAAUCAGUGUUCAGAUCUUACUUGGCGAGGAAAGCGCUUCGCGCGUUGAAGGGGCUUGUGAAGUUGCAGGCUCUGGUGAGGGGUCACCUGGUGAGGAAACAGGCCACGGCGACUCUGCGGUGCAUUCAGGCAUUGGUGACGGUCCAGGCCAGGGCCCGCGCGAACAGGCUACGCGGCGCCGAGGUCCCAAAGCCCACCAACCCAAGAAUCUCGACCCACCGGAAAUCCACUCAAGACAAUCGGUACCGCAACAUAUACCAUGAAUCUGAGAAUGUGAUAGAGGAGAAUAUAAAGAUUGUAGAGAUGGACUUAGGGGAAUCAAAAACAAGCACAAAGAGCAGGAAUAGCUACUCCACUCAUCCGCAGCCCGAGUGGAUCGAUCCCAAAUUCUCAGGGCACCGGGCAUACUCCAAGCCCGAGAACAACCAGAUUUCCCCGGCGCCGUCGGCCCUUACGGAGCACAGCCCGAGAACCUGCAGUGGCCAUUUCGAGGAUUACUCCCUCGGGACGACCCAGAGCAGCCCGCAGUUCUGUUCGGCCGUGUCCAAGCCCGACCCCGCUCAGAUACCCUUCACCUUCCCGAGGUCCGAGUACACGGAAUCCCUCUCUUACGACUAUCCAUUGUACCCGAACUACAUGGCCAACACUGAGUCCUCCCGGGCCAAGGCCCGAUCCCAGAGCGCGCCGAAACAGAGGCCAGAGAACUACUACGAGAGGCCGCCGAGCCGGAGGAGGCCCUCAAUGGAGGGGAGGAACGUGCCACGGGCGAUGAGGAUGCAGCGGUCAUCGUCACACGCUGGGUCGGCGGUCCAAAACUACACGUACCCCUGGUCAAUCAAGCUGGAUAAGUCGACAGUGUCGCUUAAGGACAGUGAGUGUGGAUCCACCAGCACAGUGCUCACACACGCCAAUUACUGCAGAUCCCUAGUUUCAUUUGAUGUUCAUGGAAACAGGUACUGAUUGAGCUUCUUUUAGUGAGUGCUUUCUUUGUGACCGCUGUGGAAAGGAGCUGCUAUAUCAAGCUCAAUGCCUAUCUUCAAAAGCACAAGUGUGAUUGAAGAGAGCCUAGAGCUAAUUUUCUCAUGAAGUCAACAACUAAGUUUUCUGACAAUUUCCCAAUUCUCCAUCUUUUCUUUUCUUUUUCGAAAAAUAGUAAGCACCUACUUGAUGCAACCUAAGUGUAGAAUCUGCAUUUCUCUCUUGCCUCUUGACUUUCUCAUUUUGAAUUUGUGUAGCUGAGUAUGUCCCUGAAGAAAGUUUGGUCCCCCUUUAGCUUAAAGCAGACUCCAAUGUAUUUAUCGAAGGGACAGUCAUUCAAUUGUUACUUCAUCU